AUGUUGGGAAAUAUCUGGACUCUGCUUAUACUUUCCUUGCUAUCCGUGGCCAACGCCCUUCAUUUCUACGUCAGCACCGACGAAACCAAAUGUUUCUACGAAGAACUACCAAAGGACACAAUUGCCGUAGGUAAGUUUGCAGUUUACGAGUUUGACGAGAAUGUCAACGACUAUGUUGAGAACAAAAACAAUUUAAAAAUCGAAAUUACAGUGGAUGAAACGUUUGAUAACAAUCACAGAGUCGUGUCACAAAGGAACUCUCCAGUAGGCCAAUUCACGUUCACAUCUUUAGAUUCUGGUGAACAUAAGUUUUGUAUUACUCCAAAACAUACAAACUGGUCAAAGAAAGCCAAGCACAGGGUCUUCUUUGAUUUGAUUGUUGGUGAUGCCAAACCUUUAGUUGACUCAAAGAGAGACUCUGAUGUUUCUUUCCUCACUUUGAAGACCAAUGAACUCAUUAUGAAGUUGAACAACAUCAAAAGAGAGCAAUCACUACUAAGAUUAAAGGAGGCAACAUUCAGAGAUACUUCCGAGAGUGUCAAUUCGAGCACAACCAAGUGGACAAUCAUCCAAUUAAUCGUGUUAGUCGGUACAGGAUUGUGGCAGCUGUCUUACUUGAAAAACUUUUUCGUCAAGCAAAAAGUUGUGUAG